AACAUACUCAUCAAUUGAAAACCUAGACAUACUCUCACUGAACGUACCCAUAUGUUGUGUUAAUGAGGGUUCCUGGAAUAUAAACAAACUAACAUUGAACAUACCCAACAUACCCUCUAGAAAAUAUAUGAAAACAUAAACUAUUUCAGAAAAUAACAUUCCAAGCAAAUGGGCGAUUAUAGUAACUACAUAAAAUGUGGACAAGUCCUUUUGUCACCCUCGAUAAAUCAAGAAAAUAAAUACAUAUUAAACUGUCAUGAUUGUGAUGAGUAUUUGGAUGACUUGUUCGAGCUCAUUGGUCACUGGCGGAAUAAACACUUCUUUGAUGGCAAUGUUCGUGAUAUACAUACUGUGGAUGAAACCACUGCUGCCGACCCACUGGAUAUUAAUAAUGACCAAGAAUAUAUGUUUAUGGCGAAAAGGGAGAGUCCAAGACCUGGCGAUGGCCCCAAUCUGGAACCUAUUGUAAAAAACGAGCCUUUGGAUGAUAAUGUUCAUGGAAGAGAUCCAUAUAUGCUGGGAAAAUUAGAGGAGAUGGAGCCGGUUGAUGUUAAGGAGGCGAUAAUUUGUGCAAAUGCUAAUCAGGAUCCCCUAAAUAAUACAACUAUUCAAAUUAAAGAGGAAAAUAUAGAUGCUGAUGACAUGUCGUGGGAGGACAACAAGUACCCGGAUGAAAACGAAUGGGAAAAGAAUGAUGAAGAGCUUAGCGAAAUUGAAAUCGAAAGCUAUUCCAAAUUCGUGAAUGAUUUCAUGAAUACAAGACCAAAUGGUUUGGCAUUUAUUAGGGCUUUAAAAAAUAAUCCCCAACUCUGGGAUAAUGAACUUAUCAAAAAUAUUAAACCCCAACAAAGGCCAAUAUAUUUGCAACAAAUUGUUUCUGAGGUCCAAAUGGAAACAUCUGUGCUACUAUCCCUAGAACAGACUAGUGCCAUAGUAGCUUAUUUGCGUUUGAAAUAUAAAUGGACCACGGGUGAAAUUAUCGAACCAGACUGGUUCUUUGAACACCUAGAAUUUUUGCAUGUACCCGUUCGAAUGAUUUCUCUGUCGGAAUUCGGCAACAAUAAUUUGAAUUCUCAACAGAUUAUACAAAUUCUGAGAAUAUAUGAAACAUUUCCAUGCCUUUGGAAUAGUGACUUAAUGGAAUAUUGUUGUAACAACAAACGCACGGAAGCCCUGGAAAACAUGCAGCAAAUUUUAGAGUGUGAAAUGCUUAUGAAAGUUGGUAUAAAUGAACUUAAAUUUUAUCUCAACAACGUUCACUUGUUUUGCACUAAACAAAAACGUUUGCAAGGCAUGCCUAGUAGAGAGGAUCCUGAAGCGAAAUAUUUCCAAUACAUUCAAUAUCUCCGCGAUUAUGUGGCACCUUAUGAGUGUUCUGAGUGUAAAAAAGUGAUUAGUAAUCCGUUUAGUUUAAAAAUUCACAGAUCCAAACAUGAUGGCAGCAUACCAUUAAAGUGUUCCUUAUGCCAGAAGCCGUUUACGGAAAAGAACACCUACAUUGAACAUAUUCGACGCCAUAUGAAAGAUUUUAGUUUUGAGUGCAAAGAAUGUGGUAAAGGUUACGUGAAUAAAAACUCUUUGAUGGAACACAUGAGACACUCCCAUACGAAUGAAAGACCAUUCGUUUGUAACAUCUGCGGUUCUUCAUUCCGAAACAAAAGUACUUUUAGGCGUCACAAAUUGAUUCAUGACAAAAAUUACAGCCAUAAAUGUCCUAUUUGUUCAAAGGGGUUUCACAUAAAGUCCGUACUCAAUAAACAUUUGCAGACUCAUAACGAAACAAAAGAAUUCAUCUGCCACUUGUGUAAUCAAGCUUUUAAAACGAAUAUCACAUUGAACAAUCAUUUAGCCAGGCAUAAAGGGAACCCGAAAGUUGAAUGUGAAAUCUGUGGAAAAACGUUUAGUUGUAAAUAUAAUAUGUAUCGACAUACAGUAAAGCAUCGAAAGCAAAUGGCUGAAAAUGAAGAAAAGAAAUAAAACAGUAUUUUUGAAAUACAAAAAAUCCGUGGAUCAAAUACUGGAUAUUCUGUUCGAACCCUAAGGUUAAUUAUGAGCCGUCUUAUUAUUUAUGCACUAAUAUUACAUUUAUUUUUAAUGAAUAGUAUCAAUAAAUAUUUCAUUAAUCUAACAAAUA